UAUACUUACAGCAAUCUAACCUAAUAUAUCCUGUCUUACCAUUGACUAGUUUUACCAAAACAUUAUCUUUCUCGCGUGGUGUACUCAGGAUAAAAGUUUUUAACGAAAAUGGUCAGAAAAUUAAAAUACCACGAACAGAAAUUGUUAAAAAAAGUUGAUUUUAUAGCAUGGCAAGCAGAUAAUAAUUUAAAUGAAGUGAAAAUCCUGAAACAAUUUCGAAUACGAAAAAGAGAAGAUUAUACAAGGUACAAGAAAUUAGGACGAGAAAUUCGUGAAUUGGGAAACAAAAUUAAAGAACUUGAUGCUGAGCAUCCUUUUCGAAUUGAACAAAGUGCAUUAUUGUUAGAAAAAUUGUAUAUGAUAGGACUCAUACCAACAAAAUGGGAUUUAUCGUUAACGCAGAAAGUAGAUGGAAUUGCCUUUUGUAGACGACGAUUGCCAGUUAUUAUGGUACGGAAUAAGAUGAGCGAAAACCUUAAAUUGGCAACACAAUUAAUAGAACAAGGUCAUGUUAGAGUUGGAGCAGAAGUUAUAAAAGAUCCUGCAUUUUUAGUAACAAGGAAUUUAGAAGAUUUUGUUACAUGGGUAGAUACAUCAGCUAUCAAAAAGCAUAUUUUAGAGUAUAAUGAUGCUAGGGACGAUUUUGAUAUGCUGUAAAUAAAACUAAUAUAUUAUAAAUUGAAUCACA